GAUCCCCGGGGCGGUCCGUCCGCGUCCAUCCUCCAUCCGACCACCGACGGCUCGCCCCGGCGCGACGGCCGGCAGUGACGACUUCGCCUCGGUCGGGGGAGGGUGUACCGCGCCCCGCUCUGGGCCUACUCCACAUAUCAUCAUCAUAUCAUAGAGACUAUGUGACGUGAAGGGACUCGUUGCAGGACUAGAUUGAUAGAGUGGUGUGUGAGACAAUCAUGGGACGUGUGUGUUGCGCGGUGCUGCUGGCAGCGGUGGUCGGGAUGCAGGUGCUUGCUGAAAAUGUCGAAGGAGAGCCCGGUCGGCCGCCGCACAUCACGGAGCACCCGACAGACGAGAUGGUGGCCCGCGGUCAGCCGGUCACCCUCAACUGCAAGGCCGAGGGCCGUCCUCCCCCGCAGGUGCACUGGUUUAAAGACGGACAACAACUGGCAGAGGUCGCUGGGCGGUUCUUCCUCCAUGGCAGCUCCCUCUACUUCAUGGAGGUGGUGCAGAACAGGAAGGAGGACGACGCGGGCACCUACUGGUGCGAGGCCACUAACGCGCACGGGUCAGCGCGAUCGAGGAACGCCACACUCGAUAUUGCAGUUCUGCGAGACGAAUUCCGGGUGUCACCCCAGGACGUCCAAGUGGCGCAGACAGAGACGGUUCGCCUGCAGUGCGCCCCUCCGAGGGGCCACCCGCCCCCUGACCUCAGCUGGAGGCGGAACGAGGAGCCGCUGGCGGUGACCGGGUCACGGCGGCUGCGGCUGGCCCCGGACGGUGACCUGGUGAUCUCUGAUGUGCGCCACCACGACGAGGGCUCGUAUAGCUGCGUGGCAAGAAACGUGGCAGGAGAGAGACACAGCCGACCGGCCCGGCUCACCGUGCACGUGAAGCCGUUCUUCUUGCGGCCUCCCGAGGAUAUUACGAGCGUGGUGUCGCGGCGUGCCGAGCUAACGUGCCAGGUGGCGGGGGACCCCCAGCCGCAGAUCGUGUGGCGGCGGAUGGGCGCCGAGCUGCCUCUCGGUCGCGUCCUCGUCACUGAAGACAAGAGUCUGCGGAUCGACGACGUGCGCCUGGAGGACGAGGGGGAGUACUUCUGCCGCGCGGAGAACGCCGUCGGCAGCGUCACGGGAUCGGCGAGACUAUCCGUCACAGCGCCACCGGUGAUCACCAGCCGGGCAACGAUCGCCGAGUCGGACAUCUCUGAACCGGUGUCCCUCGACUGCCGCGCCGAGGGCCGGCCCACGCCGAUCGUCUACUGGCUGAAGGAGGGCCGUCCCGAGCCGCUGGCGCCCGGCGGACGGCACACGCUCGGCACCAACGGCUCUCUGGUGCUGUCCCGACCGCGGCCCGGCGACCAGGGCUACUACGCGUGCGGCGCCGUCAGCACUGCCGGCUCCGACCUGCUGCAGCUCGAGCUGCUGCUGCGCUCUCAGCCGGCAGAGAUGCUGACGGCUGAGGCGCAGCAGGCGCGCCAGAUGCUGGAGCGGAGGCCGAUGUCGCGGCUGACCGCUCGCGCUGAGUCGCCCACCGGUGCGCUGCUCGUGUGGAGUCCGGCGGCUGGAUCUCCGCCGGUGGAUGGAUAUUACGUGCGGUACCGACCGGUGACGGGCGGCCCGUUCGCCACCGUCACCGUACCCGAGCCAGCGGCCUCCAAUCACCGUCUGAUGGGGCUGCGCAGCCACACGGAGUACCAGGCGAUCGUGUCACCGUACUACCGGGGAGUCGAGGGCCGCGCCGCGCCGCUCGCCACCUUCUCCACCCUCCAGGACGUUCCGUCUGGACCACCGCUGCAGCUGCUGGCACGUGUAGAGAAUGAAACGAGCGUGGUUCUCCGCUGGCGUCCGCCCGCCCCGGACCAAACCAACGGCAUUCUCACUGGCUACCGAGUGUACUUCUUCUCCAACAUCACCGGGCUGCGGCGAAACUACACCGUCAACAGCACGACGUCUCUGGUAGCCACCGAGCUGACAGAACUGGCGCCUCACACCCGAUACUGGGUCCGAGUGGCAGCCCAGACGGCCCCGGGGGUCGGGCCUGCCUCCGAACCAGUGGAGUUUACCACAGGAGGACCGGUGCUGUCAAACGAAGCAGAGCAGCCACGUGUUGUCCACCAAGCGUGGUUCAUCGCCCUGCUGGGUUUUCUGGUGUUCGUGGUGGUUUCGCUCCUGGUUGGUCUGGUGUACUUGAAGAGGCAGCAGGGUGUCAAAGAGGCGCUGGAAGCUACACCGGGAAAAUCUGCCGGCCAGGAGGCGAUGUGGGUGGAUCGCGGCUGGCGGCCGGCAGACUCGGACAAGGACUCUAAUCUCUCCGAACAGAAGCUGCUCGGUUACCAGCAGCACCACGCGGCGGCGGCGCUCUGCGCCGAGUACGCCGAGCUGGAUCCGCUGCGCGACAGCGGCCCGUACGCGUCCACCUGCGUGAUCCGUCAGAACCCGCUCAGUCGGCUGCGCCAGGCGCCGCCCGGCUACGCGCACUCGCUAAACCUUCCGCUGUCCACCGGCGAGGGAAUCCCCGUGCGAGCCGGCUGCCCGACGAUGCCGGCCGGCCGCAGCACCGCCAACGACUACUUCGUCGCUGUCGACGCCAAGGUGUCGAACCGGCCGAGUCUGGCCGACAUUCUGCCGCCGCCGCCGACGCACCCGCCGCCGGCGUCCGAGCGGCUCCGCGCGCCGCCCUCGCGAGGCCAGUGCGGCGCACACUGCGUCGAGUGCUCGUGCAGCGAUGGAGAAUCUUCAUACGAUAAUAAUCCACGCGAUCGCGGCUCGGCACCACGCACAGAGCCGUGUCAGCGGCGCCGCCGGCCGCCUGCCGCCUCUGACGCCGACAUCUACUACGGCAUCCCUGCCGGCGGGGGCACCUUCGCGGCCACGCUGGGCGCCGCGCCGAACGGUCGCCCUCUGCGACCACACGCCGGCCUGGCGCCCGUGGAGAAACUCGCCUAAGGCGGGUCAAGCUGUGUUUGUACCAUAUCGCUUGCCAUUACUGUGGGCCGCUCGGAGGAGAGGGUGUCUCCGGGCUACAGUCUGUGUCGCUCCGCAAUAACCCGUGCCCAUCUCAUCAGCGUCGCCCUGUCGUUUCAUGGGCGUCUACGUGUAUUUUGUUCUAUCUGUGAUAUGUACAAAGCCCUGUACGGUAGCCCGUUCCAGUUUGAAUAGAGAAACCAUGCGUA